AAAGUGCUGCUAUUUUGAUGAACAUGACCUGAAAUGGAAAGCAGAUGGAUGUACGCUCACUUCCAGAACCAAUGAAAGCAACACUGAACUCACCUGUAGCUGUGACCACACAACGCCCUUUGCCAUCCUACUGAUAAGAGAGCCCAUUUCAGAAGCCCACUGGAACAUUCUGUCCUACAUCAGUUACAUCGGCUGCAGCCUGUCUGCUUUCUUCACCGCUUUGUCCAUCGUUAUAUAUGUCUUCAGUCGAACACCGAAAAGGGAGUCUUCCAUCUCUAUCCACGCAUCUCUGAGCACCUCUUUGUUUCUUCUUAAUACCUUUUUCCUGUUGAGUGAGUGGGGGGCCAUGGUGGAGCCUGACGGUGUGUGCAUGGUUGUUGCAGCUGCCUUGCAUUACUUCCUCCUUUGCACAUUCACAUGGAUGGCAAUAGAGGGGCUUCACCUGUAUCUCCUCCUGAUAAAGGUGUUCAACACCUACUACAAACAUUACAUCGUCAAACUGUCUGCUGCAGGAUGGGGGAUUCCUGGUCUAAUUGUUGGGGUCUCUUUGGCAAUGAAGGACUAUAAACAGUUAUAUGGUAUAACAGUGGUGACCAUGGGUGACAGUAACACCACUAAAAGCAUCUGCUGGAUCACAGACAACACGUUCUUCUAUUCCUUGAACUUGGUGUACGUCACCGUUAUAAUAAUCUUCAACACUGCUAUAUUGUUGACAGUGUCCUCACACAUCUGUCAGAUGAAAAGAGUGCUCAGGACAAACAAGAAUGUUGGAACAAAGGUUGGGGAAAGCAGUCAGUGGGAUCCAGUGAGGUUCAAUGAGUCGUGUAAGAGUAGCAUCACUGUCAUGAGUCUUACCUGCCUGCUGGGAACCUCCUGGGGUCUGGCCUUCCUGGGAUUAGGCUACGUCAACUACACAGUCCUCUACCUUUUCUGCAUCCUGAACUCCACUCAAGGUUUCUUUAUCUUCCUGUGGAUCUGUUUGUCAACCAAGAAGGAGUGGAAGAGAGAAGAUGAAACCAAGAUAACUUCAACCCCCAUGAAGAGUUCAGGACUCAAAAGUGACUAAACCCCCUUUUGUGUCAUCCAAUCGUAAUUCUGUCAAAAGUGGCCAAACGGAAAUAGUGAAGGAGUGGAUUCCAGGUUCAAAUUUUAAUUAAUUUCA